AUGGCUGGUGUCAUGUCUGCAAUGUCCCAAGGACCAUCUGUGUUUCUCUUAGCCGGACAGAGCAACAUGUCUGGACGAGGAGGUGUCAUCAAUGACAACAAAACAAACAGCCUCAUCUGGAAUGGCCAAGUACCUCCAGAAUGCUCUCCCAACCCGAACAUCCUCACACUCGAUUUAGACAAGACAUGGAAGGUUGCCCAAGAGCCACUCCACCACCAAAUUGAUCGUUUGAAGCCCUGUGGAAUUGGACCAGGCAUGCAUUUUGCCCAUGAAAUCUUGGCCAAAGAUCCGAGUUUUGGGGCCAUUGGCUUGGUCCCAUGUGCAAUAGGAGGAACCAAGAUAGCUCAGUGGCAAAAGGGGACUCCACUGUACAAUCUGUUGGUUGUAAUUGCAUCGGCAGAAGGUAACUACAUGGAUGCUGUGAGAAAUGCUGAGAUGACAAUAAGACUGAAAAAUGUGCAGACUGUUGAUGCUAUGGGAUCAACCUUUAUACAAGACCAGAAGCACUUGAAUUCUGAGUCUCAAAUUCGCCUUGGUCAGAAAUUGGCUGAGAAAUUUUCUUUCCUCUUUUUCCCAUUAAUUAAUAGAUAA